UCGUGCGAUCAGCAUGGGGCCGGUUCCGGUACGUCGCUCCCAUUAUCGAGACGGGGUUUUUGCACUCCCUGUCGACCUAACCCUCACGAGGAGUCGUGGCUGGUUUUAGAAAGAAAAGAAGACGCAAAAACAGUAGUACCGGGGAGCGCAGCCAGCAGCCGGUAGCGUUGAACGUCUUGUUUUCAGUGUUAUAACGUCUACGAGGGAAAGAAAAAUACAAGGAUGGAUCCGCUGGUUGCUGCGAUUGACCAGGGCACGAGCUCGACGAGGUUUCUGGUGUUCAACGCAAAAACAGCCAAACUGAUCAGUCACCAUCAAGUGGAAAUCAACCAGAGUUUCCCCAAGGAGGGCUGGGUGGAGGAAGACCCCAAGGAGAUAAUGCAGUCUGUCUAUGAGUGCAUGGAGAGGACUUGUGAGAAACUCUGUCAACUCAACAUUGACGUCUCCAACAUAAAAGCGGUGGGAGUGACCAAUCAGAGAGAGACGACCCUGGUGUGGGACAAAGAGACUGGAGAGCCACUCUACAAUGCCAUUGUUUGGUUGGACCUGCGCACACAGUCAACAGUGGAGAGGCUCAUCAACAAAGCUCCGGGCCGAAACAAGAACCAUCUCAAGCACAAGACAGGCCUUCCAAUCAGCACCUACUUCAGUGCGGUGAAGCUGCGUUGGCUUCUGGACAACGUGGAUGAAGUGCGACAGGCAGUACUGAGUGAGCGAGCCAUGUUCGGCACGGUGGACUCCUGGAUCAUCUGGUGCAUGACGGGGGGCAGGAAUGGAGGCAUCCACUGUACAGAUGUUUCUAACGCCAGUCGUACAAUGCUCUUCAACAUUCACACCAUGGACUGGGAUCCUGAACUGUGCAGGUACUUUGAUAUCCCCAUGGAAAUCCUCCCCAGAGUCAGAAGCUCCUCUGAAAUCUAUGGCUGGAUGAAAUCCAGCUCUCUAGCAGGAGUUCCAAUCUCUGGGUGUCUUGGUGACCAGUCAGCUGCUCUAGUUGGUCAGAUGUGCUUCAAGGAAGGCCAGGCCAAAAACACGUAUGGGACAGGUUGCUUCCUGCUUAGAAAUACAGGGACCAAGCCUGUUAUGUCAGACCAUGGCCUGCUGACCACAAUUGCAUAUAAACUAGGAAAAGAUGAACCUGCCUGCUACGCACUGGAGGGUUCCGUGGCCAUCGCCGGGGCAGUGGUACGGUGGCUGAAGGACAACAUGGGCAUUGUGAAAUCCUCCUCAGAGAUUGAGAAACUAGCUGCUGCAGCAGGCACGUCAUACGGCUGUUACUUUGUGCCGGCCUUUUCUGGCCUGUAUGCCCCCUACUGGGAGCCCAGUGCAAGAGGCAUCAUCUGUGGGCUCACUCAGUUCACUAACAGGAACCACUUGGCUUUUGCUGCUCUGGAGGCCGUCUGUUUUCAGACCAGGGAGAUCCUCGAUGCGAUGAACCAGGACAGUGGUGUCCCUCUGACGCAGCUGCAGGUGGAUGGAGGCAUGACAUCCAACAGGUUACUGAUGCAGCUGCAGGCCGACAUCCUCUGCAUACCCGUAGUACAACCCACCAUGUCAGAGACCACAGCUCUGGGUGCAGCCAUGGCAGCGGGGGCAGCAGAGGGAGUGGACGUGUGGAGCCUGAGCCCCGGUCACCUCCCACAUGUAACUUCGGAGAAAUAUGAACCUCAGAUCAACUCUGACGAGAGCGAGUUCCGCUUUGCUCGUUGGAAGAAGGCGGUCCAGAAGGCCAUGAACUGGGAGACCACAGAGCCUUGCUGCAAUUCCAAUGGUUUAGGAAAGAAGAUUAACAGUGCACCCUGGGGGGUCCCUCCCACUCCUCCACCCACCAGAGUGGACCCCUAAGAUCAGCAGCAGUAACAUACCUGUGGUACAAGACCCCCAAUGUGAACAUGGAACACUACUGCGGAGCAAGACUGGAAGAGGAAAUGUGCUCACAGUGAAUACAGGACUUGUCGGCUGCAUGACCUGAUGUGCAGCCAUCCUGAGUGAUGAAUAGCCUUCUAGAAGUAGUAUCUUGUGACUGAACAGUUAAUCAUCAACUUCAAGUGCCAGCUGGAAUCAAGUGACCUGUGAAGCUUUUUGAAGCGACAAGGGAAACAUUUGAUGGAUUUUUUUUUCUUCCUUUUU